GGUGUCGCGCGGGGCCACGCCCCCACCUUGGGACAGACCCGGAAGCGGCGACAGCGCCCCUGGGGGAAGAUGGCGCCCUCGGGGCUGAAGGCGGUGGUGGGGGAAAAAAUACUGAGUGGAGUCAUUCGGAGUGUCAAGAAGGAUGGGGAAUGGAAGGUGCUCAUCAUGGACCACCCGAGCAUGCGUAUCUUGUCUUCCUGCUGCAAAAUGUCAGACAUCCUGGCUGAGGGCAUCACCAUUGUUGAAGACAUAAACAAACGGCGAGAACCCAUCCCCAGCCUGGAGGCCAUUUAUUUGCUGAGUCCCACGGAGAAGGCUCAGGCCCAGAAAGUGACCUGCCUUCCCCAGUCAGUUCAGGCCCUGAUCGCAGACUUCCAGGGGACCCCAACUUUCACCUACAAAGCAGCACAUGUCUUCUUCACUGACACCUGCCCUGAUGCCCUGUUCAGUGAGCUGGGACGCUCCCGUCUGGCAAAGGCGGUGAAGACGCUGAAGGAGAUCCACCUUGCCUUUCUGCCCUAUGAGGGUCAGGUGUUCUCCUUGGAUGCCCCGCACAGCACCUACAACCUUUACUGCCCCUUCCGGGCAGGGGAGCGGGCACGGCAGCUCGAGGCACUGGCGCAGCAGAUCGCCACCCUGUGCGCCACGCUGCAGGAGUACCCGGCCAUCCGCUACCGCAAGGGCCCGGAGGACACCGCCCAGCUGGCGCACUCCGUCCUGGCCAAGCUGAACGCCUUCAAGGCGGACACUCCCAGUCUGGGCGAGGGCCCUGAGAAAACCCGCUCCCAGCUACUAAUCAUGGACCGUGCAGCCGACCCCGUGUCCCCACUGCUACAUGAGCUCACGUUCCAGGCCAUGGCCUAUGACCUGCUGGACAUUGAGCAGGACACGUAUAGGUACGAGACCACCGGGUUGAGCGAGGCGCGGGAGAAGGCCGUCCUGCUGGACGAGGAUGACGACCUAUGGGUGGAGCUCCGGCACAUGCACAUCGCAGAUGUGUCCAAAAGGGUCACGGAGCUCCUGAAGACCUUCUGCGAGAGCAAGAGGCUGACCACGGACAAGGCCAACAUCAAAGAUCUGUCUCACAUCCUGAAAAAGAUGCCACAGUACCAAAAGGAGCUGAACAAGUAUUCUACACACCUGCACUUAGCGGAUGACUGCAUGAAGCGCUUCAAGGGCUGCGUGGAGAAGCUGUGCAGUGUGGAGCAGGACCUGGCCAUGGGCUCCGACGCAGAGGGUGAGAAGAUCAAGGACGCCAUGAAGCUGAUCGUUCCGGUGCUGCUGGACGCGGCGGUGCCAGCCUACGACAAGAUCCGGGUCCUGUUGCUCUACAUCAUCCUACGGAAUGGUGUGAGCGAGGAGAACCUGGCCAAGCUGAUCCAGCACGCCAACGUGCAGGCACACAGCAGCCUCAUCCGCAACCUGGAGCAGCUGGGAGGCACUGUCACCAACCCCGGGGGCUCGGGGACCUCCAGCCGGCUAGAGCGACGGGAGCGCACAGAGCCCACCUAUCAGCUGUCACGCUGGACCCCUGUCAUCAAGGAUGUGAUGGAGGAUGCUGUGGAGGACCGGCUGGACAGAAAGCUGUGGCCCUUUGUGUCCGACCCCGCCCCCACGCCUAGCUCCCAGGCCGCCGUCAGUGCCCGCUUUGGCCACUGGCACAAGAACAAGGCGGGCGUCGAGGCCCGGGCGGGGCCCCGACUCAUUGUGUACAUCAUGGGCGGUGUGGCCAUGUCAGAGAUGAGGGCCGCCUACGAGGUGACCAGGGCCACUGAGGGCAAGUGGGAGGUGCUCAUCGGCUCUUCGCACAUCCUCACCCCAACCCGCUUCCUCAGUGACCUGAAGACGCUGGACCAGAAGCUAGAAGACAUUGCCCUGCCCUGACUCUGUCCCUUCCCACUCUGUCCUUUUGCAGAGAAAUAAAUUCUCCCCUCGUCUCUGCCA